AUGAGCUCGAUACACGGCCCCCAUGCGCGAGACGGGAAGGUGAAGAAGAACGCGGCGAUUCCGCCUUCGCUGCAUCAACGUGAGCCGUCAGGACCGACCACCUUCUUCCUGAAGACGGAGAAGGAGUUGGAGAAAGAGAAGCAGAAGCAGAAGACUGCACAAAGAGGUCGGAAAGCCUCGCGAAGCUCGAUAGCGUCAGAAGAACAAAAGACACCCAAUGCCAGCACAGUCAUGGCCGAAAGCUCGUUUGGCGUCCAGAGUCUGGAUGACACGAUCAACUCGGUAUUCCAUGCGGCAGGGGCCACUUUGUCACGGACGGCAAGCAACAGCAGCGAACUGUCGUCCGUGAAUGGCGACGACCCGCACGCGACACUACGCAAGCAGCGCCGAGCGGGCAACCGCGUUCACCCAACUAUAUUAGCCACUGGCCAACGCAUCCUUUCAUCAGAGAGAUCGCCAUCGCAGCGAGCUUCUGUUGUUUCGCCUCCCUCUAAAUUAAACACAGACUCUCCACAGAGAAAGGGCGUUCGAAGAAGCUCCGCCACAUCCUCGAUUAACAUGAGCCAACCACUGACGCCCAUCCGAUUGAGUCCGCAUCCACAUUCCGCGACACCUAGUACACCUCGAUCUACAUCGCCAAAGUCUUUCAGGCUGAGCGAUGAGGAAGUCAGCAUCGCUAGUGGAAGUCUUGCCGAUGAGUCUAACAGCCAGGCAGUCCUCUCUGACGAUGAAGACAAUGAUAUGGUACCAGUUCGGCGAAUGCCGCAACUCGUCAUGCCCAGCUUAGCAAUGCCCUCGAGAAGGCCUUUCACGGAGCAGGGGCGGCGGAUGGGACGGGCGAAGAUCAUGGUCCUCGGUCCAAAGGGUAUCGGAAAGUCAAGCUUCAUCAACAGUGUGUUUCGAACGUCUGAGCACAUUGUUCAUGUCGACCAGGUGGCGCAAACUUCGUCAAGUCAGACAUCACUCGCAACAAACACAGAAAACUACAACAACCCUUCUACAUUCACCGAAAUUCUGGCAUCGACCAGGCCUUACCCUUCCUGGUGGACUGAUGCUGAACGCAGUCGAAGUCUGCAUAGGCGAUCCAGCAUCGGCGAAGGCGUACUCGAACGGAACCUGACCUUCAUUGAUACACCGCCACUGGACGACGAUGACUCCGUACAAAGGGUGCUCGACCAUGUCAAGCUUGGCUUGCGACGUGCUUCCAGCUUCGAAAGUUUGAGUGAUAGUGAGAUUGUGAGCCUGCUUGGGGGAGAAGGCGGCGUUCAGAUUGAUGCUAUCGUGUACCUUUUUGAUCCGACACCUCUCGAGGGCGCCAGUCCUGCACACUGGGGCAGCGAGCUGCAUACGAAAUUGCUACAGGACCUUUGCCGCUGGACAAAUUUCAUCCCGGUCAUUGGUCGCGCGGACACUGUAAACCCAGAGCAGCUGUUCACAAGGAAGACUCAGCUCACACAAAUGCUGGGCUCGCUCUUGUCCGAGUCAUAUCAGCUCAGCAGUGCCAGCGAUGAAGUCACGCCCACUGAGCCCUUUGCGAUAUCAUCAGCGCUGGAUGAUGAUGCCGAAACAAUCGAUGCUAGCAUACUCAUGUCUUCACAGUACCUGCAGCCGCUUGCGCCAAGUGAGCUAGGAACGCUGGUCGACCUGCUCUUGACGCCUCACAACAUUGCCAGGAUGCGACACGAAUCUGCUACAAAGUUUGUGACCUGGAGACAAGAAAAUCUCCAAGCUCUCACUACACAAUCUUCCUUCAUUCGAUCACAGAGUCCAGGAGUUACCAGUACUGGCAGUCUCUUGGAGGACCCGAGUAAGGUCCUUGUGCCCCACUCAACCUCUAGAUACUUUCGCGCGCCAUCAUCUACGAGUUCAGACCGGUACGCGUUAGCAAACAACGGAGUCGGAGCAUCCGAGCAAGCGCUGGCGCAGUAUAACGAGCAGACGCAACCGUCAGAACCAUGCCGUCAAGUGCGAAUCGCGAAAUGGGCGCAAGAAUUGAAGCGUAGUCUCGACAACGAGCGCCGAAAGUACAUUCAAAUGUAUACUACCCGAUCGAACACACCAAGUUCUGACGAGAGCGAGAAACAGCUGAUGACUGCAGACGCCAUUCGCCGACCCAAAGCUGGUCGUCUCGGUGGUGACUUGGGCUUCAUUGAUCCCCGCGACCCGCUAGGAGUCCUUGCCUUCGGUCAGACUUUCAGAAGAGGGGGCUUUGUCCUCCUACAAGUCGUCGGUGGCUGUGGGCUGCUCGGUGCCGUGGCAUAUUGGGUCAUGAGGAACUGGACAGAUGUGCAGGAGUACUUUGGCAUUUCGCAGCCUGCUGGUGUGAUCAACGCUGCAGCUGUCCCUGCGCCUACGCAAAGGUCAUUGUUCUCGGACUGGUUGGAUGACAGUGCUGUCAGGAGUUUCUUUGGUUGGACACGCUGA